UGAGAGCACUGCUAGUCCAACGAAAUGACUGUGAUCGCACUCUUACUGUUCGCUCUAGUGGCCUCGGCCGUGGCCCAUGACGCUGUGCACCCCAAGGACCUGCAGGUGGAACACCGAAAUAUUGAGGGUCGCAUUACCAACGGCUAUGAGGCAACUGAGGGAAAGGUCCCCUACAUAGUGGGAAUCAGCUUCAACAGCAACGGAAGGUGGUGGUGGUGUGGUGGCUCGAUCAUCAGCAACACUUGGGUUCUGACAGCUGCUCACUGCACGAGCGAUGCUGAUGAGGCUUCACUCUACUACGGAGCUACCAACUACGAGCAGGCGGCCUUCCGGCACACAGUCAGCAGCGCCGCUUUCACUAGACAUCCCGAGUAUCGCGGCCUUGAUCAUGACAUAUCCCUGAUCAGGACACCUCAUGUGGACUUUUAUAACUUGGUGGACAAGGUUGAGCUUCCGAGUCUAGAUGAGCGCUACAACUCAUUCGACAGCUACUUGGCCUUGGCCUCUGGCUGGGGUGCCAUUUACGACGGCAGCAAUGUGGUGGAAGAUCUGCGCUGCGUGGACGUGGAGGUCAUCCCUCUAUCGCAGUGCCAGGCUUACUACGGCACCGAAACUGCCUCCGAGAACACUAUUUGCGUGGAUACUCCCGAUGGAAAGUCCACCUGCCAGGGCGACUCCGGCGGCCCUCUGGUCACUCAUGACGGUGGAAAGCUGAUCGGCGUCACUUCCUUCGUUUCAAUUUACGGCUGCCAGUCAGGUGCUCCAGCUGGUUUUACUCGUGUCACCAAAUACCUCGAGUGGAUCAAGGAGGAGACGGGAAUAUUCUAUUGAAAGUUCAAGAUGUUCGCCGUGUCGAUAUAAGAAUAAACACUUUCUUCGAGUAUCA